AUGUGUGAUCAAAACCAUGGGAGGAGAAUUUGGGGCAAGGCGGAGCGUAGAGUCAAUCUAGACAAUGAAACGUACAUGAGUAAAAUUUGCGAGCUCCUGCGGUGCCUUCGGGAGCGGAUCACGCUGGAGGACAUUACUGUGCUGUGGAAAUGCCAGGAAGGCCAGAGCGCUGCCGCGGUGACCAAUAUCCUUCAACUGCUUGCCGAUGUCGGCGCAAAUUGCUUCAAUCAGUCCCAACUCGACCACCUCUUCAACCUCAUUCGUGGGGUAAUUUAUUCCGUUUUGUUUUGA